ACUCCGGAUCGUAUUCAAGGCGGACUGCGCGGUGUGCGUGCCCGUCAUAUCGUCCUCUGAUAGUUUUCUUCGGUUUCAUCUCUUUAUCUGAUUUAUUUUUUCACCCAAACAGUUUGACGGCAGAUCAUAGGCAUUUUUUUAGCCGCCAGCUGAAGGAUGACUUCCAGAGGGACGCCGAGUCGCUUCCUGAAGAGCGUUCUUCAGAACGGUGUGGGUCGUUACGUGUGUCAGCUGAAGAGAGUCUCCAUCAUCUUCUCCAAAAACGCCCAGAGCUCACUGGGAAUCAGAGACUUUAUUGAGGAGGGAGUGGUGGAUUAUGCAAAGAAAAAUCCUGGAACUGUUGUGUAUGUGUCUCCUCAGCCACGCAGGAUACCUAAAAUAGUUGCAGAGUACUUAAAUGGGAACGUGAGGGAAGAAAUCGUCACAAACAAGACAUCUGCACAGAUUUCAGAGCUUUUGACCAAACUGUCCAACCAGUCUGGCCUGGACAUCAUCCGGAUCCGCAAACCUCAGCACACGGACAGCCCCAGCAUCCAGGGCCAGUGGCAUCCAUUCGUCAACCGGCCUCCCUCCAUCGGCCUCAUCAGACCACUGAAGGACUGAACACAGUUUCAGUUAACGUUCAUGGACGUUUCCAGAAAUGACCUGUCGUCUUCUGUUUGUCUUGAAGAAGUUUUUUCUUUCUUUCUUUCAGCUAUGUCUGUAAAUUAAUGACGUCAUUUUAAAUACUAUUGUUAUAUUUCUAAUCCGUGCUCACUGCUGGCAGACUCUGAAUGCCACAUUUCAAUAGAAUCCUCCUCAGCUGACAUUCUGAAAAGCAGAUAACUGUUAUUUGGAGGUGUGUGUGUGUGUGUAGUGAAUGCAGCACUCUGCAGCACUUCUGAGUUUGAUUCAAUAAAAAAAAAAAAUGUGCAAAAUCUGUUCCUGAUGUUCAAAUUUAGAUUUCCCUCUGUGUUACUUCUCAGAAAAAGUUCAGCAGAGAACAACUUUGUGCAGUGGAGCUGAGGGCGACUGAUCUACCAGGAUUUGGAAUAUUUGUGAGAAGGAAGGUAUCAUCGUUUUGAAGACGCAUGGCAGGGAGUGUGUGCAUGUCAUCCAAUUUUAAACUGAUAAGGCUUGAAGGUGUCCUUGCUGAACAUCACUAAAUGAUUCAGAGCUUAAAUGAACAUGACAGAUGGUUGUUUGAUAGCUUAAGGGACAACCUUUGACCUUCAAGUGUGACUCGUCCUCUGGAUGGGCCGUAACAGGAACUGAAAACUCCCCCCAGUAAGUCAUUUGUUCACAUUCAGCAUGGUGGACGCCGGCCAAACUGUUCCCCCAUUUUCUUCUUUUUUCUCCCUCUCUGAAUUCAUCAUUUUUGACUGCUAAAGGCAUUCAGAGUUGACCUUAGUGUUAUUUUCAAUAAAAACAGAUACAUACAACAGAG